UUUCAUCGUAAAUGAUGUCAACAACACGUAGACAUUGGAAGCGGAGAAAUAUUUUUUAAUUAUUUAUCACGUAAUUAUCUGCUAAUUGAAAUAGUGAAAAAUAACAUAAUAAUAAUGCCUUCUAGUGACAGCGAAGAUUUCGAAAGCGCGGACGAAGGUAGCCCUGAGACCGAUAAAAAAGUGAGAAAAAAAAGAACAUCCUCUUCGCACUAUAGUGAUAGUAACUCGCAAGAAACCAACACUGGCGACAAAGUAACUGCAAAAGAUAACAGCCAAAAAGUCAAUGUAGAACCUAAUGUCGAAGCAAAAACCGAUGGUUGGGAUGAUUUUGAUAUUGAUUGCCCCGUAGAAAAUGAAAAGCUUACUAAAGUUAAGGAAACAAAAAAAUUAACUAAGGAGGCUGACAAACCACAGUCCACAGGUUGGGAUGACUUUGAUGACUGGGGAAAUGAUGAUGCAACAGCUACUACUGCAGUUACCACAGAAAAGACACAAACAGAUAAAUCUGCAGCUGACAUCAAGGAAUUGACCGACAGAUUAGCAUCAGCCACAUCGAAGAACAGCGGUUGGGGCUGGGGAUGGGGAGUCGAUUCCUUACUGAGUACAGCUUCUGCAGGAAUCACCACCCUUACUAGUCAAGUUUCUCAAGGCAUCUCCACCGUCUUAGAGACGGGAAUCGGCGCUCCCGAUCCUGAAGAACUCGCCAGAAUAAAUGCUAAGACAACAGAAAACACAGAACAGAAAUCAUCUUCAGAACACAAGAGUAUUGAGCCAAGUGUAGUGCAAGAAAAAGAACAAACUAGCCCUAAUGAGGGAUCUUUCCCAUUUGGCAGCUUAUUCUCUGGUGUCACUAAAUUUGUGGAGACUACAGGCACCAAAGUAAUAGCAGGUGGAUUAGACACUUUAGAGACAAUCGGCAAAAAGACCAUGGAGGUUUUACAAGAUGGAGACCCUGGAUUGGCCAAGAAACGAGCUAUGCUAGGCCUAGAUCCUGGUGAGAAGCCAGUGCUCUCACAGAUACUGAGGGAGGCUAAAGCCAAGGCCGAUGAAGAAGACAAAAUCAGAGAAGAGAAGAGAGAAGCCAAGGAGGUGCACUACGAAAACUUGUUUGAUGAUUUCGAAGGCUUAGUACAUCUAGAAGCAUUGGAAAUGCUCUCUAAACAAGUAAACAUGAGGAUAGAAGAACGUUUGCGAGCAGCCGAACCGGAGAAGAAGCAGGAUAUCAAAGAAACAAUGCAGCAAGUCGUAGAGCUCUGCGAAAUACCAGAAGACGAAGAAGACGAUGACGAAGCGCCAGAACACCAGUCCAAACCUGACGCCUUGCACGAUAGACUGCAGACCGCGACGCAAGACUUGGGCCUCAAACUACAGUUCCAACCAAUUGUCAAACAAUACACAGACGUUCUGGCUUGGCUCAGCUCAAACAGCAAUCUGAACGAGAAGGCUGUAUACAAACGUGCAGUAAGCAGUCUGGCCCAAGCCACUGCUUUAGCCGUUGAGAUUUACCAUAAAACGGCUGAAAUGUUAUUAGUGAAGACCAGGAGGUCAACGGCUGAUGAAGCCGAUGCGAUGACUCAAAUGACAGUGGUACUUACGAAGCACGUUGGCGAGUUAGCGACGUUGUUCACCGCGAAUAUGAACUCUAUAGAAACCGACAAUAAAGAUCAAGUCAAUACUUACAUCACUAACAUAUUUUUAGAAUCUGGCAACAGUUCGACGUAUAUACAAAACGCAUUCCAACUGACUCUACCAAUACUACAAAUAGGAGCUGUGUAGCUAGAUAUUAAUACAUAAAUAAUUAAGUAGGAUUUUAAAUUUAU